GGAUAUGCUCACUUGUUAUUUACAGGUUCAAAUAAAUAUCAGUUUCCAUUAACACAAAUUAGAUCCUGUGAUAUCAGGUGUUGUCAAAGUUGUUUUACUACGUUGACCAUCGUUGCAAAUUGAGAACGUUUUAACCAAAAUAAUAUUUGGGUUUUCUUGAUUUGUAAACAAAAACACUGUAAGAUGUCAAACAACACGAAAUACCGAGUGAGAGGUAUGGGAAUGGACAGAGAAAUAGAAAGAAAACUGGAUAAAAAAUAUUCAUUGGAUGAUGAAAAUGAACUCAUGGAAUGGAUUAUAGCCGUUCUCAGUCUACCUCCUGAAAGUGAACACCUAUCUUAUCCAGAAGGUGUAGGCAAAGAGUAUUUUCAAGAUUGGUUGAAAGAUGGUAUUAUAUUAUGUGAACUGAUGAACAAAUUAUGUGGUGAAAGGGUGUGCAAGCCCCAUAUGACACAUAAUGUCAAGUUGCUUGCGAUGAGAAGAAACAAAGAAAUGGAAAAUAUUGGAUUUUUUCUCAAAGCAGCUGCAAAUUAUGGUGUUAAACCUAUAGACUUAUUCCAGACUGUUUGCCUGUAUGAAAGCACAAAUUUAGCACAAGUUCAAGCAACUCUAUUCAAACUUGGAUCAGAAGCUAUUUCGCAUGACUUUGAUGGCCCAACUAUUGGUGUUAAAGUAUCGCAAACAAACUACAGAAACUUUGAAGAAAAUAAACUACAAGAAGGUCGCAACAUCAUUGGCUUGCAGAUGGGCACAAACCAAGUCGCUUCGCAGCAAGGAAUGACACCAUAUGGCCUUGGAAGACAACUUGUUUCCAAAAGUGACCACUGAUCCUCACAAUUGUACAGAAAUAUAUUACAAAAAAAAGAGAUUUUAUUUCUUUUACCUAUUUGAACAAGCAAUUGCCCAUUCAGCUAAUAUUCAUUUAUUUAUACAUUUCUUUGAGUAUAAUGAAUACUGAUAAACAAGUCUAUUAUUCCUAUACAGUACUUGGCAAAACUUUUUCGGCCAGAAUACCUCAUAUUUGGUUAUGUAUGAAAAAAACCUCUGGGUUAUGAAAAAAGGGCACUUCAAUAUUCACUCCAAAUUUGCUGUGACCUUUUUACAGUGAAGUAUCAAUUAACUCGACUAAAUUGGUGCUACUGAUAGUUUCACUAACAAAGCAAGAAUAUAAAUUUGAGUUUCAUGUGAAUGGAACAAGCCUAACCUACCAGGAUUGUCAUUUCCAGCUUUGACCACCAACUAUUUUAAUUUCAGCAUUUUGUUUCAUAUAUCACAUGUUAAACAUUUUAUUCUAACUUUGCUUGAAUGCUUUUUUGUUCAGUUUAAAUUUCUCUUAUAUAAUCCUUAGUAUAUAACUGUUUAUCCAAGGCGGAUAAUUAACUGAGAAUGGCACUUCAUGUAUCGUAUUCUUGACUCAUUGCCCAAGAGAAAUUGAAUUCUACUAGAACAGUGGUUCUCAACUUUUUUUCUUUUAUGGCCCAUUUUCGUUGCACCUAAAAAUCCGUGGCCCAUUUGCUUUUUCAUACUAGAAAAACAAAAAAAAAUUUCUGCAAAAAUAGACAAUGUCACUCUAAUAAUAAUUGGACAAAAUUGCCACCCUGUGACCAAAAACAACAUCAUCAUUCGUUGCCACUACCAUCAAAUUCAACUUAAUUUAUCCAGCACUUUUUAAUAGAUAUGUGGCCCACCUGAAAAUUUUUCUGUGGCCCAGGGUUGAGAACCGUUGUACUAGAAUGACCUGCUUCAUCAACGAGGUGUGGUAUCCGGGGUUUGAGUCUCUAUUGAAUAAUAAUUUCCUGAAAGUACGUUAAACUUUGUGGUGACCAACGCUUUUGUUUGGAAAUUUUCACCCCUUAUGCUAUGUAUUGUAUAGGCACACGACUGCAUAUUACGCGAUAUUUAUAAAUCUAUCGCUCAUCAUGGCUUGUAUUAUGCCGCACCAGAUAUCCUUUCGUAUAAGACGCCGAAUCAUGUUAUGUAUAUUUUCGAUUGUUCAUUUCACCUUUGCAAUAUAAUGAUAUAUAUCUGUAA